UAGUACAAAUAGGAACGCCAAACUCAACGUUGUUUUCGCGGGUUUAUUAUUAUUUAUUAUUGUAAUAUAAAUUAAAAUGCCUCCCAAGAAACGUGAUAAAGACCUCGAGUCUGCAAAGAAUCCAAGAAUAGAUCACAUCCAAGCAGAUCAUGAAUUAUUUCUACAAGCAUUUGAAAAACCCACCCAGAUUUAUAGAUACCUAAGAACAAGGAAUAUGUGUUCUCCAAUUUUUCUAAAUAGAACUCUGACUUACAUGCGAUAUCGGAUGUCAAGAAGCCAUAAAUCUCGCAUCAAUUUCAAAGUAGACUCACUUCUAGAAAAAGUAACUUCAAAGCAAGAUCAUUCCACAAUCCAACCAGGUUUUAUAAACAUAACAUUCUUAGGAUUCACUGAUAAGAGUCUUGAUACUAAUGCUCAAACUGCUCAGGUUGAAACUGUUCUUUUAAAAAUAAACCACAAAAAACGUAAAGAUAGCUCAGCUCCUAGUUUGCAAAUUUCACUGGGAACGGCCGAAAUUCCCGUAAAUCCCGAUGAACAACAACUGCCUCAAACAGCCCCCACCAUUAGUGUUUCAACAGAAUCUUUCAAUCCCUCAAAUGGGCCUUUAGCAAAAUCUUAUAUAUUUCUAUUUCGCGUUAAAAUUCUCCCUGAGAAAUCUAAUUCCGAGGAGGAAGAACCCGCAUUAAAAAAACGUAAAUCAAACGGCACGUUGGACACAAUCAAUGAAAAAAUUUACGGAGCUGAGCUUACCGUUUACGAUAAAUACAAUCGGUGCUAUUUAGCUGACGGUGAUUACGACGUUGUACUUCAAGAUUUUACCUCACUUACGAAAUCUUCCCCUAAAAAACACUCAAGUUGGGAAAACGGCAACGAUAUCAUCGACACCUGCGGCAAUAUCAAUUUAAUGAUGAAAGGGGACGCGUUGUUAAAAUUUAAGCUUAACUGGUCCCCGGAAGCUUGCGCUCGGUUCGUCGACCGUCCCAAACUCUACCCUCUCAGCGAAAACAAAGAAAAUAUUCCAGUAGUAAACAACAGCGACAAUAAGGAGAAACUUCAAAUCGUGUACCAAUUUGUAUACAACAACAAUUCGCGUCAGCAAACUGAAGCUUGCGAGGACCUCCACUGCCCUUGGUGCAGCAUAAAUUCGGACCAGCUGUACACCUUGUUGAAGCACCUGAAACUCUGUCAUUCCCGCUUCACUUUCACCUACGUCCCUAUCUCUGUGGGGGCCCGCAUCGACGUCGCCAUCAACGAGCUGUACGAUGGCUCGUACACCGGCUCGCCCCACGAUCUCAUCUUGCAGCCCACCAUAUGCGCCUUCUCGCGCAACGGCCCCGUCCGCAGGGCUUCAGUGACCCACAUCUUGGUGUGUCACCCGAAGCGGGCCAAACCCAGCCUCUCCGAGUUCCUCGAACUCGACGACUGCGAGUACGACGGCCAGAGGCCUUUCAUCACCGGCCACAACCGCCUCUACCAUCAUACCACCACCUGCUUGCCUAUUUACCCCAAGGAGAUGGAUGUGGACUCAGAGGGCGAGAACGACCCCGAGUGGCUGCGCAACAAGACUAUGAUGAUGAUCGACGAGUUCACCGACGUGAAUGAGGGCGAGAAGGAAUUGAUGAAGAUGUGGAAUUUGCACGUGAUGAAAUACGGGUUUGUCGGCGACUGCCAGAUACCAUUAGCUUGCCAAAUGUUCGUUCAGCACAAGGGAAAAGAACUGCUAUUGAAAAAUCUCUACAAGAAUUUUGUACUCCAUAUGGGGAGUUUGUUUGAUUUUGGCUUGGUCAGUGCUGUGAGUUUGUACACGACGAUCCAAAAGCUGCAGGAGAUGGUGGGUGAGACAGGAGCCAUUCGCAAUAUCCUGAAGGAGUCCCGGGAAGCGCAAAUUGACAAUUGGUCCAAAUAUGGGAGCGUACAGAUGAGCGAUAAACCGAGUACUAGCAAGGGAAGGAAGACUGGGAAUGUGGGGAUGCAGCGGAGAAAAGGGACCCCAACACCGUCGGAGACUCCCAUUCGGAGGAAAUCGGUCGGAGGUGAACAAACCACCAGGAAGCGCAUUUCCCUCUCGUUGAAAGACCAAAAAAGCAAUGCCAGCUAGUAUGUAUUAUUUGUGUGAUAUGAUUUUAUUGUCCGUUGAAGUUUUUGUAUAGGAAGACUGUAAAGUAUUGAAAUAGCCGGACACUAUUUCUGAUAAAUUAUUGACUUGUAUACCUAAUUUUUAAAGUCUGCAUUUUAAUCAUCAAAGGCUUUUCGCUAGCUUUAGGUUGUAAUUAUUUUUAAUGAUUCACUGCCUUAGAAAAUUGGCCUUCUAGUCAAAUAAUUUUUACCCUAUAAUUGUUUUCUUUCUUUUCAAUGCUUGAUGGCAAUUAAAUCUUGGCUGUUUUUAUUUUCUUACACGAUUUUAUUUUAAAAUUUAAGAUGUUAAUUGUCAUCUGUUCGUUUUAGUAAAUUUUUAAACCAUCCUUAUAGGGAUAUGUAUAUUUAACUAAAGCAUACCAAGUGUAUUCAUUAGUUAAUAUUUGGAUUUUUAAGCGAUACGCUUUGGCGUGGUUUUAGUGUAAUUUCUUUUCACACUGUCAUAUUAAGUGUUCAGUUUUGCACAAAUAGGAAAUUGAAUGAAUCCAAAAUUGUAAAAUUGGCGGCGUAUUCGUGGCACAUUUUUUAAUGUUAAUUAUUUCCCUAAGUGCUGUAUAUUUUAGUAAUACGUGUUCAAUUUAUCCUUGUAGUUUUUAAUAUUAUGUAUAUUGUAAGUUAUUUACUUUUUUAAUUAUAUUGUUUUUUUCAAGUA